CCCCAAAUUGGUCUUUCGGGGGAAAAAAAACCCCAAAAAACUAGGCCCCCAGUCCCGUGCUCUUCGAUCGGACUUUCCCCUACUCACCAAAACCCCCAAAACAGCCCCAAGUGAACACGCAACCGCAUGGCUACGCCCGGCGCCGCCGCGUCGGAGCCCGAUCACGGCGCCCCGCCCACCGCCGCCGUCCAGCUCCUGCUUCGCAACAUCGACUCCCGGACCACCGUGAUCCGGGCGCGGCGGGAGGACACCGUGGGCUCGGUCCUCGACCGCCUCGGCAACGGCGUCCCCCCGCGCGGGGGCGAGCUGCGGGCCGUCCACGCCGGCCGGGAGCUCCCGCGCGGGGCGACGGUCGGGGAGCUCGGCCUCCCCUGGGACGCCACGAUCCACGUCUCCUACCGGCUCCUCUCCACCCCGCACGCCGACGCGUGGCGCCUCGCGUCCGAGAUCACCGCCGCGGCCAGGGUCGCCGCCACCGCGACGGGCGGCCAGCAGCAGCCGCACGAGGCCGCGCCCCUCGAGAAGCUCGUCAGGAGGUUCCUCGAUUCGGCCGGCGCCGCCCAACAGAGGAGAUCGCACAGCGCCCUGGGGCCCGUCGCCGACCACCUGGACAUCUUCCUCCGCAGCGGCGCCCCCGGCGUGCUCGUCCAGCUCUACCACUCCAACGACGAGCACCGCCGCGCCGUAGCCGAGCGCGCCAUCCGGUGCUUCCUGUGCCCCGACGCCCCGUCGGGGAAGGGCAUUGUCAGGGCGUGGACGGCGCCGGUGCUCUUGGAGUUCUGCGGGUCCAUCGCCACCGGUGCGCGCACGGGCGACUCGCUCUACACUGCCUUGCGAAGCAUGCUCGCGACGGUGCUCUCCGACCCCGAGUGGACGCCGGAGCGCUGGCACGGCGUGUCGUGGCGGCGGGUGGCCGAGCAGUCGACCCGGCUUGCUGGGGAGAUGGCGAAAGGUAUUAUCCAAGAGAUCGCCACGGCGUACAGGAGCUGCUGGAGCCGCCCAGCGGCAGCUACGAGAAACUUGGUCGAGUUCAAGGCAUUCUGGUCCGUGCUGCGUCGCCAGGUGCUUGAGCUGGACGACGACCGCAUUCAGCCUUGGAGAAAGCUUCUGAGCCAGAUACUGGAAUACCUGCUGAGGAGCGUUAAAGACUGCAUGGCCAGGUUCGAGAUGAGCUUGCCGCCGGCGCCGCCGCCGGGGCACAGGCAUACCUCGUCGUCGAGCGCGCUGCCCAAGUGGACGGCCUCGCUGCACAGCGUUUGGGCCGUCCUAGCCGAGCUGGACGACUGGCCGGAUCUCCACCACGCUAUGCGAGCCACGCUGGCGGCGCACGCGAGAGCAGUCACCGCGCUCGUGCUGAGCGCCGGGAGCGAGUUCAUUGAGAACAUCCGCUGGAUCACCAGGCACAGAGACCUCCUCGAGUUCGACGCACGGAGGCACCUGGCCAUGGCAAUGCUGCCGGAACUCGUCAGGGGUACCGACGCGCGGCCGCCCUACGAACUGCUUGUCGAUCGGGCGCGGCUGCUGCCGGACUCGUUCGGGUACAUUGUUCAUGCGACGCCCCAGGAGCUAGGCGCUGCCAUGUCUGUGGCGUUCAAGCACGAGCAAGCCACCGGUCCCGGCGUGCUAAGGGAGUGGUUCUGCUUGGUGUGUCAGGCGCUGUUCAACCCACGCGUUGUUCUCUUCUCAGCGUGUCCACAUGACAGGAGAAGGUUUUUCAUCAAUCCAACAUCUGUUGUGGAUCCACUGCACCUGGAGUACUUUGAAUUUGCAGGGCGGAUGAUUGCAUUGGCCUUGAGGCACAAAAUACAUGUGGGAGUAUACUUUGACCGGACAUUGUUCUUGCAAUUAGCUGGGAGACCUAUUACACUGGAGGAUAUUGCGGACACAGAUCCAUCCCUGCAUGCAAGCUGCAAAAAGAUCCUAGAAAUGGAUCCGGGUCUUGUGGAUUCAAACACAUUGGAACUAACAUUUGUUCGAGAAGAUGAGGUGUUGGGGUCUAGGACAGUCACCGAGCUCUUCCCUGGAGGGAAAGAUAUUGCUGUUACUAGUGAGAAUAGAUGCAAGUACAUCGAUCUGCUGAUUCAAGAUAGGUUCGUGAACUGCACCAGACGUCAACUAGCUUAUUUUGCUGCAGGAUUUCGUACUAUGUUCGACAAAUGGAAACCCUGGACAGAGUUCUUUGCGAGUUUGGAUAAUGAAGAUUUUGAUCAGAUGUUGGGUGGUAGCAAGGGCACUAUAGAUGUGAACCAGUGGAGAGCUCAUACUGACUACCGUGGAUACAAAGAAAAAGAUCGCCAAAUCAAAUGGUUCUGGAAGGCCGUGGAAAACAUGACGGUCGAACAGCAGGGGAGGCUACUUUUCUUCUGGACCUCAGUGAAAUGUUUGCCGUCAGAUGGUUUCUGGGGACUGGGGUGCAGGCUGUUCAUAUACAGGGCCUCCAGCUCCCGCGACCAUCUCCCCACUUCGCAAACCUGCUUCUACCACCUCCAUCUGCCAGCUUACACUUCAUCCAGCAUGAUGCAAAGCCGGCUGCGUGUGAUCGUUCAGGAACAUGUGAGCAGCGGCUUUGGUGCGUCAUAGCUUCUGCUGCUUCCUGGUUCAAUGUAGUGUUGUACAUACAGAGGAUUGUCCUCCGCAGUCGUGCUCUAUCUUAUAUGCUAAUGUUUGAUAGUUGAUACUGUGACCGAGAGCAUAGUUGCAAUAUGUUCUUAGGCUGUUCUUCACUUUAGGAGACAAAGCUUAGUCCUAAGAAAUGUUCACCUUUUAACUGACAUCAGGAAAAUUUGUUAUGUGCGUAAGGGUAAGGCUUGCCAAUUUGCU